AUGACGAUCUUGGCGUUCACCAACUCCCGUACAAUGCUAGCUUUGAGUUUCAUUUCUCGCCCAACUUUUGGGGAACUACACAAUUCUACUGCAGCUUUGUGUGGCCAUCCCGAAUUGAAUGGUUCGACGUUUACAAACACAAGAGGGAUGCAUAUGAUUAAUGUUUGUGGAUGGUCAAGCAUGAUGGUCCAUGUAGGUUCGAUCAUGGCCAACAAAGCUUUGAUGAUUGUUUUGAAUGGAACAACAGAAUUUGAUGUGCGUAUACGGCUGAUGGUUGUUACUAAGCCUGGGCAUUCAAACCGGUAA